AGGGAUUGGAGAGAUCAACCGAAGAACAAAAAAUGUUCUUUCCAAUUCAGAAGGAUGUAAACCGAGCUGAAUGAGCCUGUCUUAGGGAGCCAGUCCUUCCGUACAGCAAGAUGGCGGCACCUUAUUAGCUGGAGGAACUCGUGCAGCGCAGAGGAGCUUGCUGACUUAUUCAGCUGACCUAUCGCCACUCGGAUGAGCUUGAAAUGCUCUCUGAUUGGACGAAAAAUGUAUUGUCAGAGUCAUUAGACUAGAGUGUGCCUCUGUGGUUGUCUGUGUCUGCAAAGGGGGGAGCCGUGGCCGCCCCUGGAGCCUGAGUGGGGGCAGGAUGGACGCGGCUACUCUCACGUAUGAUACACUCAGGUUUGAGUAUGAAGACUUUCCAGAGACCAAAGAGCCUGUUUGGAUCCUGGGGAGAAAAUAUAGUGUAUUAACAGAAAAAGAGGAGAUCCUGUCAGAUGUAACCUCUCGUCUCUGGUUCACGUACAGAAAAAACUUUCCUGCUAUUGGGGGAACAGGUCCUACAUCUGACACUGGUUGGGGCUGCAUGUUACGGUGCGGCCAGAUGAUCUUUGCUCAGGCCUUGGUCUGCAGGCACUUAGGUAGAGAUUGGAGGUGGGUGAAAGGGAAGAUGCAGAAGGAUAACAGCUAUUACAACGUUCUUAAUGCCUUCAUUGACAAAAAAGACAGCUACUACUCAAUCCACCAAAUAGCCCAAAUGGGAGUUGGAGAGGGAAAAUCUAUAGGCCAAUGGUAUGGACCAAACACAGUUGCACAAGUACUCAAAAAACUUGCCACUUUUGAUACAUGGAGCUCCUUGGCAGUGCACAUAGCCAUGGACAACACUGUUGUAAUGGAGGAGAUUCGGAGGUUGUGCAAGCUCAACUGUCCAUGUCCUGGGGCUUCAGCAUUCCCCACUGCAGAAUUGGACUUGCUUUCCAAUGGGUAUCCAGACGGAGCAGAAUGUACAGACAGGCUAUUGCUCUGGAAACCUUUAGUGCUGCUGAUACCUCUUCGACUUGGACUCACAGACAUCAAUGAAGCCUAUAUUGAAACUCUGAAGCACUGUUUUAUGAUGCCUCAGUCCCUAGGAGUCAUUGGAGGAAAGCCAAACAGUGCUCAUUAUUUCAUUGGAUAUGUAGGUGAAGAACUGAUCUACCUUGACCCACACACUACUCAGCCUGCAGUGGAACCCACUGACAGUUGCUACAUCUUUGAUGAGAGUUUCCAUUGCCAGCAUCCACCCUGCAGAAUGAGCAUCGCAGAGCUUGAUCCUUCUAUUGCUGUGGGUUUUUUCUGUAACAAAGAGGAAGACUUCAAUGAUUGGUGCCAGCAAAUCAAGAAGCUGUCACUGAUCAGAGGAGCCCUGCCAAUGUUUGAACUGGUUGAACAUCAGCCUUCACACUUCUCUAGCCCUGACGUUUUGAAUCUCACUCCAGACUCUUCUGAUGCAGAUAGACUGGAAAGAUUCUUUGAUUCAGAGGACGAAGACUUUGAAAUCUUAUCACUUUAAAAACAAAUACCAAUAAGAAGCUAACUCUGCCAAUCUGUGUUGUGGGGGGAGGGGAGCUCCUUGGAGAGCCCAGGGCUACCAGCUUUCAUAGGUGCUUGUUGACAUCCCUGCCUCCCAUCCACCCCAGCAUUCCGUGCAGCCUUGGAGCAGAGUGGAUUUUCUGCAGUGGGAUCAAGAAACGGGUCAUCAUUAAGGCCUUAAUAGCUUUAGCCAGGCUUUCUCAGUGCAAGAGUACCUGCAGGAGUUGGAUGCAGUGUUUCCUAGGAGCUGAAGAUUAUUUUCAUGUUAGCAGGCCCAAAGGCCCAUCCAGAGUAAUAGCAAAAGCCCUUCUAGGUGCUUGGUUCUUAAAAGUUCUCUCUAUUAUUAGGGAAAGCUUAUCCCGUUUGCUUCUGUCUCCCCUUUUUGUAGUUCGGUGUGGAAACCAGCAUAUGAUGAUGGCAGAUAACUGUCUCCCUAGCCCAACAGGCCAUGUUCUACAUCACUUGUGGGUAUGACUUCUUUCAAGACGGAAUACACCAAGUGCUGGUAGUCCUGCUCUAGUUUCUCAAAUAUAGUGCUUCCACACAGACAGAUUACUGCUUUUGAGUUCUGAAAUUUUGUCCUAUUAAGCCACCAUACCUCUGUUCAGUGGUGUCAUUCUAUAAACUACAGAAGCACAUCACACAUAGCAAAACUUACACUGAGAAGCAUGGGCCGAAGAUAUGGCUUUCAGGAUGUGGAGUAGGGAGAACAGAGGCAGCUGCUCAAGCAGUGAAUAUUUCAGAGGCCAUUCACAGCAUCUCCAAAAGGAUGAAUGGGCAAAGUUAGGAAGGGCAUGGCUUCAUUAAACAUAGCCUCUAUUUGUUGGGUAUUUUUCUAUUCCAUAUUAGAAAUAUGGUGGCUGCUACUUAAUAAAAUGUGAUGGUGGAAACCUACCAGUUCACUUGAAUUUAAAGUACCUCGGCUUCCUUUUGAUUGUUUCUUUGUUCUUUUUUUUCUGAUCAUGAUAUCUGGAGAUUGUAAAUUGAUAUAAAAUGGGUUUUGCUUUGCUGACACCAAAACAUUUUAAAAGCCUGGUUUGAUUAGUACCAGAGGCAGGUCCCCCUCAGUUUCCCUUUUUGAAACACUACACACAGUAAGGCUUUGGUUGUGUGGUGGUGAUUCACUUGUUUUUCAGUUUCAUGUUGUGAUUCUCAGUGAGGUAUAAACGCAGCCAGAUUUGCUUAUCUGGUUUCUGAAGAAACUCUUGGCGAAUUCUGGCUAUCUUGAAAAGUUAAUUUACAGACCUUAACCUAGGCUGAAGAUUUUGACUGUUGCACUCUAAAACAGUAACGGGGCUCCUUUGUUUAGCAGGAGAUGCAGGGAAUGGCUGGAUAGGACCCACGUUUGGCACAUUUUCAAAGUUGAAUUAUUUAGCUCCACCAAUGGAUGCUGCAGGUGGCAAAUAUGUUUACAAAGCAUUCUUUCCUGCAUUUAUCAGCAGCACCAUCAGCCUAAAGGUGGUAAUAACCACCUAUAAAGUAACUGCAUACAGGAGUAACUAACCUAUUGGCGGUUGGUAGGUAGCUCUGGCUGCCCCUUAUAUUAAGCUGCCAGAAGGCAGAGGUCUGAACCACAAUGCUUAUCUAUCAUUAUGUUAUAACUUGCUGUCUUUCUCUUGCUGUUCCUCCUUUCCUCUUGAUCAUAGACUUUUGGAGGGAGAGGAGGCAGAGGAAGUGGGGCUGUGCUCCAUUCAUCAACUGCUUUCAAUUUGUAUCUGAAUAAAACAAGUUAAAGUC